AUGUGGUCGGCGGCCCUGAUGUCGCUCAUAAACUCGGGCUCGACUGCCCCUCUCAUCGACGAGAUGGUGCCGACAAUACCCAUGCACGUGCACACGAUCGCCUUCACGAUGCUGUUGGUCGUCCGGCCCUCUAUCUCGAACUCGGCCGCGUACGACUCCUCGAUAUCGUUGGUGUACCUCCUCACGAUGACGUGGGUCGUCGUGUUUCUGAUCACCAUGGUGGACCUGAUCUCGACCAUGUCCACGUCAUACAUCACGCUCUUGAUGGCGCCGUCGAAGCCCUACUCGUCCGAGACCGCCAGGAUGUACCCGGGCACUAUCCUCGUCCUGCCAUUCGUCACCUUCACCACCGCCUCAUCUUUCGAACGCUUCUUCACGAUCACCUUGGCCUCCAUCACCGAGCCCGUCCACUAG